AAUAAAUAAUUCAAUAAGCACGUUAACAAAUGAUUAAGGGUGGUACCAGAAAUAAACAGAAUGCCACAACGUCGUUACAACGUAGAAAUGGAGAUACCCAUGAAUGGAACCAUUGCAGAUAGCACAAAUUCCGAUGUGUUUAGACGGUCCGGAGAUGAAAUCCACUUGGAUGUAUCGUCCCUGAAAAUUCCUAAUAGUGACGGUAAUGUUGUAAUGUCACAUGACCCCAGGCGUACUAGUAUCAUGGGAAUCACUAGGGAUCCGCUGCCGCGACUGGAUCACUAUCGUACGUCAACGCGUAAGAACAAACGACCUUCGAUAGGAGAACUGCAUGGUGACCCUGAUGCUAAAGACAAGAAACAGGAACCAGAAAUCGAAGAACAACCUGUCUCUAGCGGUCAUGCCAUUCGCCUCGGGUGGAUACAAGGAGUGCUCACGCCAUGUCUGUUGAACAUAUGGGGUGUUAUGCUCUUCCUGAGGCUAAGUUGGGUCGUUGCCGAGGCGGGUGUCAUUCAGACGCUGCUGAUAAUGGUGUUGUCGUAUGUAGUGUGCGUAAUCACCACUUUGUCGCUUUCGGCACUAUGCACCAAUGGGCAGGUCAAAAGUGGUGGUAUCUAUUACAUCAUAUCAAGAUCGCUCGGACCGGAAUUUGGGGCCUCAGUUGGUGUGAUAUUUGCUUUUGCGAAUGCAGUCAACGCAUCUAUGAACACUAUUGGCUUCUGCAGUUCACUGAACGAUUUGUUGAGGAGCAAUGGCCUUCAAAUUGUAGAUGGGAGCAUAAACGACAUACGAAUCGUGGGAACGAUUGCGCUUCUGGUCAUGGUAACUAUUUGCGCAGUGGGAAUGGAUUGGGAAGUGAAAGCCCAAAAUUUCUUGCUGGUAGCAAUUUUACUCGCAAUAGCAAGUUUCAUCAUUGGUGCAGCCAUGGGUCCUACUCACGAGGAUGAAAUUGCUAAGGGAUUCAUCGGUUUUUCAGCAGCGGUAUUCACAUCAAAUUUAGCACCGGGUUAUCGUUUCAGUGAGGGUGUUCAGCAAAAUUUUUUCAGUGUCUUUGCCGUUUUCUUUCCAAGUGUCACCGGAAUACAGAGUGGAGCUAACAUCUGUGGAGAUUUGAAGGAUCCCGCAACGGCAAUUCCAAAAGGAACACUUCUUGCCUGUCUUGUUUCGGGAAUAUCAUACAUUGUAUUCUCGCUGUUUGCAGGGGCAUCAGCUUUGCGAGAUGCUUCGGGGAAUGUCACAGAUCUCGUCGGUAUAAACUUCACUUCUUGCAGUAUGGAGUUAAAUAACUGCAACUAUGGACUCAACAACGAUUACUCGAUCAUGCAGCUGAUGGCAUUUUCGAGUGAGCUCAUAUACUUAGGUUGCUGGGCAGCAACACUCAGUACGGCAUUGACCAAUUUGCUUUCCGUACCUCGUUUAAUUCAGGCCCUCGGCAUCGAUCGCAUCUACCCGGGGCUGAUCUUCUUCUCGAAAGGUUACGGCAAACAUGGCGAGCCAUACCGUGGAUAUGUUCUGGUGUUUUUCGUAUCGUUUGCGUUCAUAAUGAUCGCCGACCUGAACACCAUAGCACCGCUGAUCUCAAAUUUCUUCCUCGCAUCAUAUUCACUGGUAAAUUUCUGCACCUUCCAUGCAGCAACAGUUAAACCACUUGGAUGGCGCCCGACAUUCCGAUACUAUCAUCCGUGGCUGAGCAUGUUCGGUUCUCUUCUUUGCGUUGCUAUAAUGUUUCUGAUAGAUGUGGUUUCUACAUUUAUCACGAUUGCCAUCAUAUUCAUACUAUACUUGACGGUGAUCUAUCGCAAGCCGGACGUUAACUGGGGUUCCUCUACCCAAGCUGCCGCAUAUAAAUCAGCGCUAAACUCAGCCCUGAAUCUCGAACAAGUCGGUGAACACGUUAAGAACUACAAUCCGCAGCUAUUAGUUCUAACAGGAAAUCCAAUCCUCAGGCCAGGAUUGUUGAAUUUUGCACACCUAAUAACUAAAAAUAACUCACUCAUGAUCGUUGGAAAUGUAGUGGAGACCAAGUUAUCUUACAAGCAACGGAAGGCUCUAAUAACAAGUGGAAAGAGGGCGAUAAAGGACGCCAAAAUAAAGGCCUUCUACAACAUCCUCGACGGGUUGCCGUUCGAUGAAGCGGUGCGGGCAAUGAUCCAAUCUUCUGGAUUCGGUAAACUCACACCAAACAUCCUCUUUGUAGGAUACAAAACAACGUGGCGUACAUGCAGCUUCGAGGAAUUGAAUAAUUACUAUAACAUUUUACAUUACGCAUUUGACAAUCGCUUGGCUCUCGCGAUUCUCCGUCUUCCGGAUGGAAUAGACUGUUCCGAUAUCAUUAACUGUCAUGUGAAUCCAGUAUUUGAUCUUUCGGAUACCUCGUUGAAUGUGGAGUCCACACUUUCACUCGCCAAAACUCCUACCGGUCGACGACUUCAAAAUAGUUUGAUGCCCAUCAAUUCUAACCUCGAUCUUCGGAAAGCGGCAUCCACUAGUGAACAAAGUAGCUUGAACAUGUCGAACGGAGUUUAUCAGACUCCCAUUCCACAAGCUCUACCAAACACUAACAAAGAGAUGAGAAUCUUCAGAGAAAAACAACCAGCAGGGAUAAUCGACGUUUGGUGGUUGUACGACGAUGGUGGUUUGACCAUCCUGCUUCCGUACAUUAUUUCAACCCGAACCAAAUGGUCCGAUUGUCAAAUCCGUAUUUUUGCCCUUGCAAGCCAAAAAGAGGAUUUCGAGGAAGAACGUCAAAACAUGACUAUCUUACUUGACAAACUGCGCAUCAAGUAUGUGUCCCUCAUAAUGGUAACAAUAGCUGAUAAGCCCCAAGAAACCACAAUUAGUUCCCACCGUGCUUUGAUCGAUACAUUGAUUGAAGAGCAAGAAACCGAUAGAUUUGUGAGUGAGGCGGAACAGAGGCAGCUGCUGGAGAAAACGUACCGACAGCUACGGCUACGAGAGUUGUUACUGCAGUAUUCCGAAGGAGCCUCGUUGAUAGUGAUGUCUAUGCCAAUCCCACGGAAGGGUAUCGUGUCAGCCCAACUUUACAUGUCCUGGCUAGAAAUGCUCACGGAAAAUAUGCCACCAUUUCUAUUGGUUCGUGGAAACCAAACUUCAGUAUUAACAUUCUAUUCGUAGGCCAUAGACGAGCAUGUUGGUCUAAGUUCUAGUUCGUACUCAUAUACCAUAGCCAUAGUAUAUUUAUUGUGUGA